AUGAAUUUGCCUGUGCGUCGAGUUGAGCGGAUUGGACGGUGUAUAGAAUGUCGUUUUUACAGAUGCAAUCUUUGGCUGACCAACUCUACACAUCUGCGAGCAACCUGCAACUUUCCCACCCCCGGCCUUAAAAUAACAGAUUACGCGCGCGCCAAGCUGAAAAAUCACGACUUUUUCGGUACAUUUCCGUAUCAGCGUCUUCAUUAUGAGUACAUAAACAUCAGGGGCAUCAGUUGUGAAAACUGCACAGCAGCAACAAAGCAGGGAAACUUUAGCUCGGCUACGACCUCGAUGGCUCUCCUAGUGUAA